CCCUCCUUCCCUCCCGCCUUCCCUCCCUCCCCUCCAGAAUUAAAGUUGGGACAGUCGCGCUCCGGGGAUGGGUGCGAGCCAACGCCUCUGCUGCCGGCUCGCUCUGCUCCCUCCCCAGGUCGCCCGGAGCCCGCGCCCCCGCCCGCCCGCCCAGGAGGGAUGCUGCUCCGGCAGCUGCUGGGGCUGCUCCGCUACUGCUGGCCCUCCCUGCUGCUGCACUGUGCCCUCCACCCGCUCUGGGGGUCCCUCCAGAUCACUCAGGGUGAGCCCCAGAAGUCAUGCUCCAAGCCUGUAGCAGAGAAAUUUACAGAGAGCUGCCAGGAAAUUUGCCAGUGCAGGCCACCUCCACUGUUACCACCGCCUCCUCCACCUCCACCGCCCCCGAGGUUGCUAGCGGUGCCAACUCCCAAGUCUACCUUUUGUCCCACUGAAGAGACCUGGUGGCCAGGCCUGGUUAUUAUCAUUGCAGUAUGCUGCGCCACACUAGUGUUCCUCUUUGUAGUUGUCAUCAUUUGCUACAAAGCCAUAAAAAGGAGCAAAGGGGCAAUGCAGCUUGAGGAAGGAGAACUCCAUCAAAUAUCUAAAACUGAAAAACACCCUGUAUACACAGUCCUUCCAAAUGCUGCAGGACUCGAGCGAGUUAAUGCAUGCAUGGUGGAGAGGUCAUUAUGGACUCUGAGGCAUCAUUUCAGGCGUGUGCUAAGCUGUACAGAGUUGCAUGGCCAGAGUUUCAUUCACAGAUGUUUGGCACGAAGACCCAAUUUGUUUGCUAAACAAUGUAUAGCAAAUUAUACUGUAAAACAAUGCAAACCACUUAUUAGUGAAAAGCCUGUUUCGCCUGCCACCAAGAAACCAAUGAGGAAAGAAGAGAACGGAACCAGUCGGUCCGAAUAUGCAAUGACCUCCUCCCAAAACAACAAGACAGUUGAUAACAAUGCAGUCGUAUAAUCCCCGAACCCCACCAAGGCGCAGGAGGUGGUAAACUUUUGAAGCACACACACGGAGUAUGCAAGGUGGGUGAAAUGAGGCAACGAAGGGAGCUGUGCGGCCAAGGACUUCAUUUCAGAAACAGCGCAUGCAUCAGUGAUCCAGAAGAGAAAAGCAGGCUGCUCUCCGGGCUUGCUGCUACUCCAAGGGAAGAUAAACUCACCCACCUGGGCUGCCCAGAGAAAAGGCCUCACAAAGGCAUGAGCAUUGCAUGCUGCAUCCCACGAAAGCGAUGUCGUGAUGCCUCCAGCUUCUUCUUCUUCCUCCUUCUUCCCCUACUUUUAUGUUGGAACUGAGUGUCCGCAAAAAGCUUCUGAAGUUAAGAUCUUCUGAGGAGAGGGUAAUGCCAGAGUGGCAGUAGUUUAUCAUGGGUGGGUCAGAGGGGGGUGUCUCCCUCUAAGUGGGAGGACACUUCACUCUAAAUGGUGAAAGGUGUCACCUGUGUGCUUCUCCAGCCUGUGCAGUUUCAUACGCUGAUGCUUCAUUCUUAUCAUUCUUAUUAUUUCAUUAUUAAAAAGGGAACAAAGGUUUCUGUUAAGCAAUCAAGCAAAAUUAGCCUGAACUUGUGACCUAUCCCAGGAAAUUUAUCUGUGGUCUGGUGACUAUGCAGUUUUCAUGGCUGAAGGCUUUUCAGGCAAAAGAAAUCAAGAUGUAAGAUUUUAGCAAUUAGCAUUGCUAUUGAAAGAGAGAUGUUAUUAAGAUGUGCUUUAAAUGUUAUUCAUAAUCAACCUCCUUUUUUUGCACCACACUUUUAUUUUAUCUUUAAAAUUGUUCUUUCUUUGUGAAAUUCCACAUGUUUCUCUGAGUUUGCAUCACACUGAUUCCCCAGAGAAAACUCCUACAGGAAAGACGCUGUUUACAUCUUGGCGUGAGUGUUUGGGUGGGAUUGUGUUGAAAGAACUAGCAGCCCUUUGAAGUUGUCUUCAUUCGCUGUUUAGUGUUGUUCCCUGAAAGUCUGGAGUCUCCUGAACUGACCCACUGAGGACAUUGCAGAUCUGGCUUGUAGGACCCCUUCUGAGGGUCUGGUAAGCUGGUUGUGCCCACAUUAACUCAGCCUCUGCCUCUCCUGAGCUGACACUGAUGGUGGUGCCAAGUUCAGCGUACAGUUCAGUAUACUUUCCGUGAUGUGGAUUACAGACUAUUUAAAGCAAAGCUGAAUCUACCCAAAUUCAUUUCAUGUGGGAUCUCUGGUUAGACUCAGUAAGCAGCCCUCCGGAUAAAGGUGGUGAGACUAAUUCAGAUGCUGGUAUUUCCCUACCUCCUGAAAACUUUUCUUUGUGUCACAUUUCCACAUGUAUGUCUCCAUUUACCUCUGUGCUGAAAGUAGUGAUGCAGUCAAAGACAAAUUUACACCCUGGCUUCUUGUCUGGGCAUAAAACCUUGGUACCACUUGGUCUCCAUAUCUGUGAGUAACUCCCAGGCACCAAUGCAGUCUCGCUCCAGGACCUGGCUGUACCCCGGCUGUAUUGUCCCUCAGUACUGCAACACAACAAUACUUCCAGUUUUACCUAAGGAUGUGCCUGAACUGCAGAAAUCAGACUUUGAUUUUGAGCGCAUUCCGGCCUGUGGGUCAUCUACUGCUGGGAUGCAGAGUGUGGCAUGAUGGUAGAGGAAGAUGAUGUUCUGCAGAUCUUCCCAAAAAAAAGCUCUGGAAUGUUCAAAUCAGCAGUCUCAGCUCAGGCCCAUCUGUUACCUAUCGAACAAUAGUGUGUAUGUAAAUAUAAGUACCUUUUCAAUUAUAAAAUGAAAUGCUGCUAUAUAUUGCUCUUGGGAAAUUUAUGUAGUUAUUCAUUUAGCUUUUUAGUCUGUCAUCACUGUGUAGAAGUUCAACUGCAUAAAAUUAUUUUUUAAAGCUAGACUUUCUUGGGAAGUGAAUGCAAUUGCAGAAGCGAAAGGAGGCAAGUAAUCCUUUGCCCAAGAGUAUGAUCAUUCUCAGCCACAUUCAUGUUGUGUGCUCACGCAAGACACAGUGAUAUGUUCUUAGAUCCAAAGUGGGAUUAAAAUGACAGAAUUUACACUUUGGGUCUAGUAUCCCAAAUGUUGAUUGCCUAAAGCACUUAGCCCCUAAAUACUGCAAUAAAAAUAUUGCAAGUAUAUUUCUAAAAUAUUUUUAAGGUAUAACAUUUAUUUAGGUGUAGUUACCUAUGUUUGCCUUUCUUUUUUUACUCCACUUGUUUCAGCCUAAAUGUGGAAAUGUGGCAUAGUUUGAGACUGGUUGCAUGUUUGUCUGAGAGUAUAAAGUAUGAAUGCAGAUAAGUUUAAUAUGU